AUGUGGUCUGAAAUAUUUCUGAUGUGCGUUGGGGUUAUCUGCGUGGCUUCUGAGAAAAAGGCAUGGAAUGUUUCAUCAAAUGCCUCUUUCCCGGGCUUGUAUGAAAUAGAAAUAAAUAAUACUGAGUCUUGCCUGUCGUUCUGCUACUAUAAGAAAGGUUGUUUCGUGGUCAACUUUGACGCCAGUGCCGUGCCUCCAUGCUCGAUUCAGGCCACAGACAUCAUCGUUGACUCUGCGCUGUUGAAAUCAAAAGAAAACGUCACUAAUUACAUUCUUGUCAAUGUUGACGCCAAACGUAAGAACAAUUUCUUCAAACAUUUUUUUGAAAAUUUAGUUGAAUAA